GAGUACACCGGAAGUGGAAAGCCUCCACUCCCGGAAGCGCAGGUGUUCCGGCCGGGCGGCCAGUGGCCGCAGGGAGAUGGCUGCUGCUGCUGCCCGGCGCAGGAGGCAGCGAUCGAGCUGGGCGGCGGCUCCGGCCCCCUCCCGGCGCGGGGGAGCGGGGUGAUGGGAUCGGGCCGCUCGCCCGCCGCAUUUCCAGUUGAGGAAGGUGCAGAGCAUGGAGAAUGAUGAACUUCCGCCAGAGGAUGGGAUGGAUUGGUGUGGGGUUGUAUCUAUUAGCAAGUGCUGCAGCUUUUUACUAUGUCUUUGAAAUAAAUGAGACUUACAACAAACUAGCACUGGAGCACAUUCAGCACUCUGAGGAGCCACGAGAAGGAACCACAUGGACACACUCCUUAAAAGCACGACUGCUGUCCCUGCCUUUUUGGCUCUGGACUAUUAUAUUUUUAAUACCAUAUUUACAGAUGUUUUUGUUCCUUUAUUCCUGUACAAGAGCUGACCCCAAAACUGUGGGCUAUUGCAUCAUUCCGAUCUGCUUGGCUGUUGUUUGCAAUCGGCACCAAACAUUUGUAAAGGCCUCUAAUCAGAUCAGUAGAUUACAGUUGAUUGACACUUAAUUCAAUCUCCGGUUUCAAUAGCUGCUUCAGGAACAACACCUAUGUCUGAUCUAAUCAUAAGACUGAAGUUCUGAAUGGAGGUUGGAAAGAGCCUUUCCUUUCAAACAGCUAAAUACUGAACAGUAGCUGCUUUCUAUUUAAAAAAAAAAAUGCUUUUUUAAAGUAUGGACCCAUCAUACUAGCCAGAAUAGCAGAGCCCUGUGAGAGACUUGAUGCCUUAUGAUGCAAAACUGCCACCCUCCCUAUGAAGUAUCCUGGGGAAGUAUGCUUCUGCAAUCAUACAUACUCCACUGUGCAAAUAAAGAUUACGUGCAAGCUUUCCCUUUGAAUCAAUGAAAAUGGACACUUUUGUGGUAAAUGUAAAAGAUUAGAACAUGCUGAUAAAAGCUGCAUUUAACACAUUACUUUGCUUUCUCCUUUUUUAAAUACUACUGCAUGCUACAAUUCUGAAUUAUCCUUUUAAAAAGAUGAGAAUGAAGUAUGGCUGAACAGCUUUUUAGUGAGGAUAGUCCUUUUCUCUCUCAUAGUCAGUGAGUUACAGGCUGCACAAUACCAUAUUUUAUUAGGCAGAAGUUGAGGAGUGGUCUAGGCCCAGAGGUGUGAUGCCUUUAACAUCUUUUCACUGAUGCCAAAGAGAGGCUGGUAACUGGCAGUGGACUGGAGAUUCUACAAAACUCAUUUUUCUUUAUUUUCUUCUCCAUACUUUUCGCUUAAUGGUAACUGAGUUCACUACUGUUGUGCUUCAUUGUGUGAGUGGAACUAGAACAGCUUUUGGUAAAUCAACUGUGCAUUGGGGAAUUAUUAUAAAAAUGGGAGAUGAUGUGUCCAUCAACUCUUUGCUGGAAAACCAGUGAGAUGCAAACAAAUACAAGGCUACAAGGAUAUCCAAUCUUUCUCCCAAUUAACAAGUCAGUGAUGAUAAAUACCAUAGGGCAAGAACCGAUGCCUACAGGACCCCACUGGAAAUACACCCGCUUGAUGAUGAUUCCCCAUCAAAUUGAACCAUCCUAUUUUAGUAUGCCAUAUAGGCGCUUACUUUGUGGCCCCUUUGGUUUUAGUGGAAAUCAAAGUUUCUAUCGUUGCUACACAUUGUCAAGGAGUGCCCAUUAACCAAAUUCAGCAGCAGGCUCUGAGAGUUCCACUUGGCCACUGAGAACAUUGCUUGGCUCGGCAAAUCCACAAAGGCUAAAUAAAGUUUCUAGCCCUUGGGGAGAUAACCUUGUGAAUGUUAAACCAGUGCAGGGCUGAGUCUUCCAAGAGGCAGAAGCAAUAAGCCCAAGACAAGAUAAUUUAUACCUCUUUUUGUGUCAGUUAUGUGAAUUCCACUAUAAUUAUAAUAAAUGUUAAUUCUACUGUACUGCUGGAGCAGAAACAUCCACCUGUUCUAGGACUGCCUGGAUCUUGGGGAGAUUACAGUCACUUCCCUCUAGCUGUGUUUUCAGUGUUACUGUAUUUAAACACAGCAGCUAAAACAUUCUUAAUCUUUCGUUUGCAUUUGGAGCAAUUCUGUUUCUGUGGUUUUAAAUACCAGCAUGGGUGCUAAGAACUGAACAUACAAUCUACCCUUUACAAGAAAGCAAGUGUAAUAAAGUAAUAAUUGUGAAGUGUAAUAGCUAAAGAAGGAGUCCUUGAAAAAGUGUUAAGUAGGAAUGGAAGAAUCAACUUUCUAAAGGCAGAGCUUUAAUACUGUGAUACAAUUUUCUUAAUUUUUUAAAAUCUGUUUAAACCUAUAUAAACUUAUUUAGAACAUGAAUUUCAAAGUUGCCAGGUACAAAGAAGAAAGUAGAUCUGUGCCUCUGUGGGUAGGAUCUUUUGCAGAAGAAUGGCCUAUAAGGGAGGAAAUUUCAAAAAGUAACAAAAAAGGUAGUCUGAUUCAGUGUCAAGCAAUCGAGUGGCCUUUCACAGAUUAGUCAGCUCUUCUAUGUAACAGGCUGAGCCUUUCUGGAUGGGGACAGCAUUCAGGAAUGAUUUCAGUAGUUGAUGUUCAUGGAAGAAGGCAGAAUCACUUUCUAUUUAUACUAGUGGAUCCAGAGAGCAUCUGCUAUGGAAAUAGCUAUGCAGAGAAAUGCACAAACUAUAACAUAAUUGGGGAUAUUUAUGAAAGAUUUGAUAUUAAGAGGGCUAGUGCAGAGACUGCUCACCAAUAUUUUACCACUUUACUGUCUAGACCUGCUUUGCUCAGAAUUAGAGAAGAGGGUGGUAGAAAUGCAGGGAGUUAGUCACCACCAUUUCUAGCACCAAGGGAGCUGUGUCACUGGGAGAUUUCCUUAAAAUUCAGAGUUGGUAAGAAAUCAAAAUGAAUAUCAAACUUUCUAAACAGCUAGUUUAAUUAUAGAGUCAUCUUUAAAAAGUAGUUUAUCUUAAAGGCUUCUAGAUACUCGCUAAUGAGAUUCUCUCAUGUAGAAUCACAGCUUCUUUAGAAAUUGCAUAACUUUAGACUUUUAAAAUGAUCUUAGCUUGUAUUAGGGAAUUUUAUCAGUUGGCUUUAAAUACUAAACAUUUUCUAAGAGGUGGAAAAGAAAUGAAUUACUGUAAGUUUUUAAGUUCAUAAUUAUGGUACAAAAACUUCUUUUUGGUCACACUGUUCAUCAGAGAACAGCUCCUAUGAAGACUACAAUAAGAUCAUGGGAAUAAGACUACAGUUCUUCAACUUGCACUAGAAAAUAAGAACUGCUGUAGAAGAUCACAUGAGAGAGCUGUGAAGUCCAAUAUCUUACCUUUGGUAAUGGGUACAGUAAAACCUCAGAGUUACUAACUGACCAGUCAACCACACGUCUCACUUGGACCCAGGAGUACACAAUCAGGCAGCUGAAAAGAUGGAGGGAAAAAAAGCAAAUAAAGUACUGUGUUAAACAAACUACUAAAAAAUAAAGGGAAAACAUUUUUCUUCUGCAGAGUAAAGUUUCAAAGCUAUAUUAAGUCUCUUUUCAGUUGUAAACCUUUGAAAGAACAACCAUAAUGUUUUGUUCAGUUACAAACCUUUCAGAGUUACAAACAACCUCCAUUCAAGAUAUGUUCAAAACAGUGAGGUUUUACUGUAAUACCUGAAGUUUCAAAAAAAAAUCUUAAAAAAAAAAAAAGCUGUUUGAUAGGCCUUUCACUGCAAGGCUUUUUCUGUGGCUAUUUCUGGCAUACUUAUUGUUGUAGCUGGUUCUUGGGUCUCUUGUCCAACGUUACAUCCUUGUUGAUCAUCAUCUCUGGUUUGACAACUUUGCAAAUGCGGAGUUUGGUGUUCUCUUAGCCUUAAGAAUGUGUAUUAACUACCAACUCUAGUCUGACCUCACCACACAUGCAUGGUGUAAACUAAUGCAUGAAAAGAUUAACUGUUUUAACUAACACCAUGUGUUUCAUUUUAAAAAGUUUGCAUCAGCUAUGGUUCUACUUAAGCCCUAGAAUGCAAGCUCAACUCUUGCAAGUGACUGAGUUAUUGUGUAAACUAGCAACUUGAGCAUCUUAUAAUUGCUACUAUUUUUUAAGAAUGCAUUUCUUGAACUUUUGUGUCUUUUGGGACUAAAUGCAUUGUGAAUGAAUAACUUUUUUAAACAAUAAAACCUUAAAAUUUU